CAUUUUUACUGGAGGAUGAUGUUCGAGAGUGCUGACAUCAGUAUGCUGCGUCUUCUGGAGACCUUUCUCAAGAGUGCCCCCCAACUGGUGCUGCAGCUGAGCAUCAUGGUGCAACUGAACCGGAUUGACCCACUGCAGGGUCUCUCAGCUUCUGCCUCGCUGGUGUCUCUGGCUUGGACUCUAGCCUCUUACCAAAAGGUGCUGCGGGACUCCCGAGAAGACAAGAUGCCCAUGUCCUACAAAGGUGCAGUGGUCCAGAUCCUGUGGCACCUCUUCACCAUUGCCGCCCGAGCCAUUGCCUUUGCUGUCUUUGCUUCCGUGUUUCAGCUCUACUUUGGCAUCUUCAUAGUUACCCACUGGUGCAUCAUGACCUUCUGGAUCAUCCAAGGUGAGACGGAUUUCUGCAUGUCCAAGUGGGAGGAGAUCAUCUACAACAUGGUGGUUGGUAUCAUCUACAUCUUCUGCUGGUUCAACGUCAAGGAAGGCCGCAGCCGUUGCCGCAUGUCCAUCUACUACAUCAUCACCCUGUCGGAGAACGCCGCUCUGACGGGCCUCUGGUACUGGUUCCGGGAACAAUACGUGAUCUCCGAAUUCUAUGCCUUGAUCAUUGUCUGCGUGGUGGCCUCCAGCUUUGCUUUGGGAGUCUUCUUCAUGUUCAUCUAUUACUGCCUCUUGCAUCCCAACGGAACCAUUUUUGGGCCCCAGAACGCAGGCUGCAUAUGUGGGGAGGAGUCUACCGCGGUCCCCAGGGGUGCAGGGCCCCCGCCGGACGUGAUCACCAGCCCGCCGCGCUCCUUGCCAAGGACUACAGGGGCAGAGAGGGAGGGGAUGCCUGGGGACAGAGACAGCUGCGGGCCAGUCUUUCAGGUCAGGCCCAGCAUGCCUCCCACGCCCAUUGCCCGGGCCCCACGGACAGAGGGGCCCGUCAUUCGCAUUGACUUGCCACGGAAGAAAUAUCCUGCCUGGGAUGCCCAUUUUAUCGACAGGCGUCUCCGCAAGACCAUCCUGGCUCUUGAGUACACCUCCCCGGCUACGCCGCGCCUACAAUAUCGCAGCAUGGGGGCAUCGCAGGAACUGCUGGAAUAUGAGACCACGGUGUGA